AUGUGGCCGGGCAAGAGGAUGAUCUGGCCCAGGAGGUACUGGCUCUACCCCAAGAACCGGCCCAUCCGCCCCUACCAGUACAACAUGGCAGCCUGCGCCCUGCGCGCCAACACGCUCGUGGCGCUCCCCACUGGCCUGGGCAAGACGUUUGUGGCGGCGGUGGUGAUGCUCAACUUCUACAGGUGGUUCCCAGAGGGCAAGGUGCUGUUCGUGGCGCCUACCAAGCCGCUGGUCAAGCAGCAGUACGACAGCUGCCGCGAGAUCAUGGGCAUCCCGGAGGCUCACGUCAUGGCGCUGACCGGCAACAGCGGCGGCGUCGCUGAGCGCAUGCAGGCCUGGAAGGCGGGCCGCGUGUUCUUCUGCACCCCCCAGGUGGUGGCCAACGACCUCAAGACCGGCCGCUUCCCCGGGGACGAGGUGGUGGCGCUCGUGCUGGACGAGUGCCACAGGGCGCAGGGCGAAUACGACUAUGUGAGGAUCUUGAACCAGCUGCGCAGCCUCAAGGUGGCCUUCAGGGUGCUGGGCCUCAGCGCCACGCCGGGGCGCGACUACAACGCUGAGGUCAUCCGCACCCUGGGCGUCCGCCGCGUGCUGUACUUGGACGAGGGGGACCCUGAGCUGGCUCCCUACACCCACGAGAAGGACACUGUGCUGCAGGUCGUCAACCCGCUGCUUGAGACCGAGCGCGUGCGAGAGCUCGCAUCCCAGGCGGCGCGCGGGCCCCUGGCAGUCCUCGCCAACGCCAAGGCGUACAACAUCGACGCGAGCCGCGAGGGCGGCGCGACGACCGCCGGCCUGGCCGCCGGGUUCAAGGCCUUCCAGGGCGCCGCCCGCACCCGCGCCCUGCCGCACCCGGCGCAGGAGCGCGUCAAGGGCGCGUUUGAGCAGGCGCACCACCUGGCGCGCGUCAUGGACGCGCUGGACCAGGCGGGGCAUGCGGCGGCGCUCGAUGAGGUGGCGAAGGUCCAGGCGUCGGGCCGCAAGCCGCUGUUGGACCUGGGUAAGGAUGCAGCUUACCGUCAGAUGGUGGACAGGCUCAAGGCCACGUCAGGCGUGAAGCACCCCAAGAUGCCGGCACUGGCGGAGGUGCUGCUGCAGCAUUUUCAGGAGUUUGAGGCCGCGCAGGUCGCCGCAGAGGUCGCGGGAGGCGGCGCGGACGGCGCCCCCCUCGAUGACAUCACCCGCGCCAUCGUGUUUUGCAACAACCGCGAGCUGGUGGCUGUCAUCCAGGGGGAGCUUGCGCAGCACGAGCCCCUCAUACGUGCCAGUGUGUUUGUCGGCCAGGGUCAGGCGCGCGGCCGGGGCUCCAAGAAGACCGCCGACCCCACAGCAGCCCCCGGCGACGGCGGUGGCAGUGGCGGCGGCGGCGCGUUUUUGACGGCUGCGGCGGGCGGCGGCAGCGGCGGCGGCGGGGCGGGGAUGAACCAGAAGGAGCAGGAUGCCGUGCUGAAGGGCUUCAGGCGGGGCGAGAUCAACGUGCUGCUGGCCACCAGCAUCGGGGAGGAGGGCCUGGACAUCCCCGAGGUCGACCUCAUCGUGAACUUCGACACCACCAGCUCCCCCAUCCGCUCCACCCAGCGCGCCGGCCGAACCGGCCGCCACCGCAGUGGGCGCGUGGUGUACCUCCUCACGCGCGGCAGGGAGGAGGAACGGUACAGGGCGCAGCUGGAGGAGGGGGCCAAGGUCAAGGGAUGCCUGGCGCCUGCAGCAGGGCGUGGCAAUCGGCCCGACGCGGCGCGGCGCACGCGCGCCACCUGA